AAAACCAAAACCGAACAAUUAAUGGACCAACCAAAAACCCCCAAUUUUUUCUUACAAAUACAAGUGAAUAAUAAAUAAAUCCACUAAAAACUGAAAUCAUAACGAAAUUCCCCAAACGGAACGAAGAUCAGAAAACGCCGACAUGAAUUUGCUGGGCGGAUUGCCGCUGUUGUACCAGCAGUUCAAAGCGCUGUUCAAGAAAAACCUCCUCCUCGCGUGGCGGGGCAGGAGAGCCACAUUUCUGCAACUCUUCUCGUCCCUCUUUUUCAUCUUCCUCAUCUUCAUAAUCGAGGAGGCGAGGAAGGCUCAGAUGAAUUCCACCACGGCGUACAAAGUCUUGCGCGAUCCGAAACCGCUGGUGGCGCCACCGAUUCCUCCUUGCGAGGAUAAGUUCUACAUAAACCUCCCCUGCUUCGACUUCAUCUGGAGCGGGAAUGAUAGCCAGAGGAUUGGGAGCAUAGUUAGUGCGAUGAUGAAGAAUAAUCCCGGAAGGCCGAUUCCGGAUAGCAAGGUUAAAUCAUUUAGGACAACGAAUGAAGUAGAUGAAUGGCUUUUCAAUAAUCUCUUGCGAGCCCCUGGAGCUGUGCAUUUUUUUGUGAGAAGCGCUUCGAUAAUUAGCUAUGGAUUACAGACUAAUUCUACUCCAGUUGCAAAGCGAGGCGAAUAUGAAGAUCCAACGUUCAAAUUUCAGAUUCCCCUUCAGAUUGCAGUUGAACGUGAAAUUGCUAGGUCAUUGAUAGGAGAACCAAAGUUUAGCUGGUCUGUUGGAUUUAAGGAAUUUGCACAUCCUGGUGUGGAAAAUCUGUCCAUGUUUGCUGUACUGGCACCAACCUUCUUCCUUGCAAUUGCUGAGUUUAAUUUUGUGUUUCAAAUUGGUAUAUUGGUACUGGAGAAAGAGCUCAAACUUCGCCAGGCAAUGACCAUGAUGGGUCUUUUUGAUUCUGCAUACUGGCUUUCUUGGCUCGCGUGGGAGGGCAUUAUCACACUUAUCUCGUCACUCCUUAUUGUUCUUUUUGGAAUGAUGUUCCAAUUCGAUUUUUUCUUGCACAAUGAUUUUGCAAUUCUGUUCUUUUUCUUCUUCCUUUUCCAACUCAAUAUGGUUGGCUUUGCCUUUAUGUUUUCACCCUUUAUUGGCAAGUCAUCUUCAGCCACUACAGUUGGUUUCUCCGUGUUUAUAGUUGGCUUUUUUACUCAGAUUGCAACUAUAAGUGGAUUUCCAUAUGGUAAAAGCAUCAGUCAUGCUGUGCGAAUCAUCUGGUCAUUUUUUCCUCCUAAUCUUCUUGCUCAAUCUAUAAGUAUUCUCUCUGGUGCUACCGCCACUCCUCAAGAUGUUGGAGUUAGCUGGAGUAGACGAUCUGAAUGUGCACCAAAUGAUGAUGAAUGUGUGAUAACAAUUGAUGAUGUUUACAAAUGGUUAACGGCUACCUUUUUCCUCUGGGUUGUUUUGGCAAUGUACUUUGAUAAUAUCAUUCCAAAUGCAUCUGGUGUGAGAAAGUCAAUACUGUACUUUUUGAAGCCAAGUUAUUGGACAGGGAAAGGUGGAAAGGUAGAAGAGGGUGGCCUGUGCAGUUGCAUAACUUCAAUUCCACCAGUAGAGAAUGUUACUCCGAAUGAUGAAGAUGUCCUUGAAGAGGAAAACAUUGUUAAACAUCAAACAAGGGAAGGUGCAGUUGAUCCAAAUGUUGCAGUUCAAAUACGUGGUCUUGCCAAGACAUAUCCUGGGUCCAGGAAGAUUGGUUGCUGCUGUAAAUGCAAGAAGACUUCUCCAUACCAUGCUAUUAAGGGCUUAUGGGUGAACUUUGCAAAGAAUCAAUUAUUCUGUCUUCUUGGUCCAAAUGGCGCUGGAAAAACCACAGCAAUAAAUUGCUUGACUGGCAUUGUACCAGUGACUGCUGGAGAUGCACUCAUUUAUGGUUAUUCCAUUCGAAGCCCUGUUGGCAUGUCAAACAUUCGAAGACUUAUAGGUGUUUGUCCCCAGUUUGAUAUCCUUUGGGAUGCACUCUCUGGUCAAGAGCAUCUCCAGCUCUUUUCUAGUAUUAAAGGUCUACCCCCAGCUUCUAUCAAGUCGGUUGUCCAGAAGUCAUUGGCAGAGGUGAAACUCACUGAGGCCACCAAGGUGAGAGCUGGGAGUUAUAGUGGUGGAAUGAAACGCCGCCUCAGUGUGGCAGUAGCCCUUAUUGGUGAUCCAAAGUUAGUCAUCUUGGAUGAACCGACUACUGGUAUGGAUCCAAUAACAAGAAGGCAUGUCUGGGACAUAAUAGAGAAUGCCAAGAAAGGUCGUGCCAUUGUCUUAACGACACACUCCAUGGAAGAAGCUGAUAUUCUCAGUGAUCGAAUAGGAAUCAUGGCAAAGGGUAGACUCCGAUGCAUUGGAACCUCAAUUAGGUUAAAGUCACGAUUUGGGACAGGUUUUGUUACUAAUAUUAGUUUCAUGGGAAACAAUAAUGGACUCAGCCCUUCCAAUGGAGAUGAAGUCACCACAACUCACUACCAUGAGUCUGUGAAGCAGUUCUUUAAAUCUCAUUUGGAUGUAAAACCAAAGGAGGAGAACAAAGCAUUCCUGACUUUUGUCAUUCCUCAUGACAGAGAAAAGUUAUUGAUGAAAUUUUUCAGUGAGUUGCAAGAUAGAGAAAGAGAAUUUGGCAUAGCUGAUAUUCAACUAGGUCUUGCUACACUUGAAGAAGUUUUCUUAAACAUUGCCAGGCAGGCAGAGCUGGAAAAUGCUGCAGCUGACCAAAGAUUGGUCACCUUGACCUUAGCAUCUGGUGACUCACUUGAGAUACCAGUGGGCGCAAGGUUUGUGGGGAUCCCUGGAACAGAGUCAGAAGAGAAUCCUAGGGGUGUAAUGGUUGAGGUGUAUUGGCAGCAAGACGAUACCGGUUCACUUUGUAUUUCUGGUCAUUCUUCAGAAGUCCCAAUACCCCUUAACGUGCAAAUAAUGGACACUCUUGCUUCUACGGACACAAAUUCCUUAGGCCGAAGAGGACCAGUUUAUGGAAUUGUGAUCAACCCUAAUCCUUAUUAAUGUUUUUCUGACACAAAUUUAUGAAAGAAUGUGCUUUUUCUCAGCCCUACACAUGGUACCCUUAGCUUUAGAGUCACAAACUUGGUGUCAGGUUUUAAUAUAUUGUAAAAAAAUAUAUUAUUCUUUUAAAA